UAUAAAAGAUUCGUUUAUUAUCAAACAUCAAAAAAUCUCCAUGAUAAAAGACGAUCUUAUUAUCGCACAAAGGCAAUUGAUUAGUGACUUGUCAAAAGAGAAAAAUUAUAUUAAAGAAGACAAAGAAUUUACUUCUAUUAUCGAAAGUGCUAUUAGAGAUGAAAUUGCUCUUGUGAAAUCUAUUAAAGAGAGUGUUUGUAGCCAAGAUAUGUACGGGCAAGUUAGUCAAUGGAGAUUUGAACCUAAGUAUUUGAAUUUGAAUGGUUACGAAAGCCAACGAAGAUUUGAAGUCAGGAACGGACGUAUUCCAUAUAUACCUGAUUCUCUUAAUGACAUCGGAUUGCACAGAACCUAUGUUGGUGGUAUAACUAAAGAUAUUGAUGAAUUAAAAUUACGACAGUGUGUCGAAGAAACGUUCGGUAAAGUUUUAUGGGUUGAGAUGAUUUAUGAGCGGAAAUGUGCGUUUAUAGAAUUCGCUGGCAAAACUUCCUAUGAAUCCGCAAUCGAACAACGCGAAUUUUCGUUGAACGGUAUAAAACUAAUGAUUGUUAAAGCUUUAACACCUAAAUAA